AUGACUACUACAACUACAUUUCUUCAGGCUAAGGACAAGGAGAUCCACUCUUCAGCCCUGUCUGUGAGGUCCACCAGUACUUCAUGCACGCUUAUCGAUAGUCCAAGCUCAUUUUGCCCGUCGCGAAUCUUGACCGUCAAUGCUCAAGGGAUCGGCGCCUUUCGUCUCCCACUACCACCUCGGCAGACAGAAAUUUUUGUCUAUAAUCCGGAUGGCACCGAGGCCUAUGUUUCCAAACGCGACAAACGCUGCUCAGGCAAUGCAGUUUUGUCUCACCCGAAGCGCGGAAGCCUUAUCCGAACUGAAUACUUCUUCGGUCCGAGCCGUGAUCCUGUGAUGCACCUACUUCAGACGUCUAGUAAUCCGCCCGAGGAAGUGACUGUUGCCGGUAAAUGGACUUCGCGGACGAUGCGCUUCGCUAUGCCUACAGGUAAACAGUUUGAAUGGGGAUAUGCCAAGGAGAAACGAGCAGAUGGACAGAAAAUCAAUUUGAUUAUUUUCCGCGCAGCGGAUGAAGCCGGAGAAAAGAGCAAAGAUCGCAAGGAUCGCAGGAUUGCGCAGCUGGUUCGCGGUCAGGAUACUCGGACACCGGGCACAUCGCGGUGUACUGCGGGCAAUGGGGGUGAAUUGCAGAUCAAUGAAGCUGUAGCACAGGCCCUUGAAAUUGACGAGACGAUCAUCGUUGCGACUUGUCUAAUGAUGCUGAAGAAGGAGAUUGAUCGACGCAGGAUGGCUCAAUUUGCAGUGAUUGCGGGGGCGGUUGGCAAUUGA